AUGUCUGUCGCUCUAGCUUUUAAGACAACCACCUCUCCUACAUUAGCCGAUGCUAGAAAACGAGUACUUUAUUUAUACAGAGACUGGCAACGUGCUGCUCCAAAGAUAGUUUCAGGUUACCCUCUUGAUAUUCCUAUUUCAGCUGUACGAGCAAAAAUCCGGGAAGAAUUCGAAAAAAAUCGGUUCGUAACCGACUUACGUGUGAUCGAUAUUUUGAUCUUUAAAGGGAGAGCCGAAUAUCAAGAAACUGUAAAUAUGUGGAAGAUGGAAACGCAUGUUAUGAAUUAUUUUGCUAAAGAGGAAUCCCCACCUAAACCACAAAGUUUUUUAGAUAAAUUUUAUG